AAGGUCAUUCGGAACCCAGGACUCAGAUCCCAGAAGCCAGACAGCCCAGCUCUCAGCAUAAAAGGAGUAAGAGGUACAGAGGCUACCCAGACCAGCCAUGGAGCCCUGGCAGAGAUUGCCGCUGCUGCUGCUCUAUCCCCUGCUGUUGCUUCCCUGGUCAUCAUCCUCAACCUCCUGUAUCCUGGACGAAGAGGGCGAUAAUUGCUUCUGCAACUUUUCUGCCCCGGAGCCUCAAUGGAAUGACAUUGCGAUGUGCCUUUCCGCUAUAGAGGUGGAGAUCCUUGGGGGCGGCCACGACUUGGAUACCUUUUUACAGAAAGGAGGAGUUGCUGACCCCGGCAAAGCAGCGGAUGUGCUGAAAGCGUUGCGCCUCAGACGGCUGAAGCUAAGAGAAGCCCAAGUCCCAGCCCCACUUGUGUACCAGCUCCUGCGGACGCUGACCUACACGCGGAUUAAGGAGCUGACUCUAGAAGAUCUGGUGAUUUCACACCCACCCCUGCCACCUCAAUCGCCCACUGACAGCGAUGUGGGUCUGACAGCCCUGAAACUCAACAGAGUGUCGCUGGCUGGAGAGAGCAACUUACUGGCUGCCCUGGGGUCUUGGCUAAAACCUAGCCUGAAGACACUGAGUUUGACUGGUUUGGGCCUGAGCAAUGUGCCCUGCCCAGACUUGGGCACCUUCAAGGAACUGAAUUCCCUAGAUCUGUCAGACAAUCCAGACAUAGGAGAGAGUGGCUUAACUGGGGCCUUCUGCCUCAAGGAGCUCCAGGCACUGAGCAAUCUGUCACUUCGGAACACCAGCCUUGUGUCACUUGCGGAAGUGUGCCAUGGUCUGGAGGCGACAGGAACAAAUGUGCAGCACCUGGACAUCAGUUACAACGAGCUGAGGGAUACACCCCAGACUCAGUGUACCUGGCCUCCCACCCUGCUAUCCCUCAAUCUGUCCCACUCCAAGCUGAAGUGUGUGCCCAAGUCUCUGCCUAAGAAGCUGCUGCAGUUGGACCUAAGCUAUAACCUGCUGAUGAGGCAGCCGAUGCCUACGGAGCUGCCCCAGGUGACCGACCUGAUCCUCAAAGGGAACCCAUUUGCUAACAGCAUCACCUUAGCCAGAUUACAAGGGGAACAGGCGUCAAAGGGCUGUGCAGUUCCUUCCCGUGGGACCAGGUCUGUAGGCACACCACUAGCCCUCCAGGUCUCAGGGACUGCAGCUUUGGUGAUGCUGCAAGGGGUCAGAGUAUUCGCCUGAAGGAGAGUGGAGAGCAACUGGGGAGGGGAGGAAAACAUGUUCAAGUCCCACCUGGUUGCCUUGUGAUUUCAGGGACUGCAGGGUAACCUGCCAGAGUGUCAGUCUCCACUACUUUUCAUUAAACAAAGAACCUAAUAAAUGAGAAACAAAACGUC